AUGUACUGAAUUUUCUUGCACCAAAACAUUCACAUGGGAAGCAUGAAAAUUACUAAAAAGCACCAUAAACACCUUAACAAUCCAUUUCCUUCAAAUCCAAAAUGUGUCCCUUUGAUCCAGGGAGGUCUCUUCUUCAAUUCCCACUCACUUCCUUCACACCAGAUUUUCUCAAUUGGUAAGGAUUUUCACCUUCUUUGGACUUCCAAAAAUGGUGGGUCUCUCUCAAUUUUUCAUACUUCUCAUCUUACAAAACCCAUAUGGUCCACCAUCCCCGGACGACCCUUCGUCUCUGCGGCUCUGGCUGAGACUGAGGUUGAAGAAAGCAGGGGAUCUUUUCUUAUCAAGGAUACACAUCUUCAUUUGCUUUGUGUCCAUCAAACUAUUGAAGAUAUCAGAAUCAUUGAUGAUUUUAAGUUUCCUAGUUUGGUUAUAAGCGGAUGGAUUUUCAGUAAGAAGACGAAGAAGAGACCAAGUUCAAGUGGUGCAAGAUAUUCCAUAGUGUUUGAUCAGAAAAGCAGUAAUCAAGUUGGGUUUCAUUUGAAGCUUGGAGAAGCAAAUUUUCAGGUUAACACAAGAAGAGAGCGACGAAGAAAGAGAAAGCUGGGACUGGGAUGGUGGUGGUUGCUUACAAGGCGAAGGGCAAGAGGGUUUGUAACCAUUUCUUCAUCAGAGACAGAGGAGGAAAUGGGAGAGCCAGUGUCCGGGGAAUUCAACAGGGUGUGUUUUAUGUAUUCAAGUGAAAGAAAUGAGAGAUUUUAUGGGUUUGGAGAACAGUUUUCUCAUAUGGAUUUCAAAGGGAAAAAGGUGCCUAUUUUUGUUCAAGAGCAAGGCAUCGGAAGAGGUGACCAACCCAUUACUUUUGCAGCUAAUUUGGUCAGCUACAGGGCUGGGGGUGAUUGGAGUACCACUUAUGCUCCAUCUCCAUUCUAUAUUACGUCCAAGAUGAGGUCUGUUUACCUUGAAGGAUAUGAUUAUUCUAUUUUUGAUCUCACCACUCCAGAUACAGUUCGAAUACAGAUACAUGGCAAUUCACUUCAAGGAAGGAUUUUGCAUGGAAACUCACCUUCCGAGCUCAUUGAAUGCUUCACAGAAACUAUUGGAAGACCUCCUGAGCUCCCUGAGUGGAUCAUAUCUGGGGCUGUUGCUGGAAUGCAGGGUGGUACAGAUGCUGUACGUCGUGUCUGGGAUGCACUUAGGACUCAUGAAGUUCCUGUUUCUGCAAUUUGGUUGCAGGAUUGGGUGGGUCAGCGGGAGACAUUAAUUGGAUCACAACUAUGGUGGAACUGGGAAGUGGAUACAAAACGAUAUCAGGGAUGGCCAGAACUUAUCAAAGAUCUUAGUGCUCAGCGUAUCAAAGUUAUGACUUACUGCAAUCCUUGUUUGGCUCCGGUUGAUGAAAAACCAAAUAAGAAGAGAAACCUUUUUGAUGAGGCCAAAAAAUUGGGCAUCUUGGUGAAAGAUAAGCAUGGAGAACCAUACAUGGUUCCAAAUACAGCUUUUGAUGUGGGAAUGUUGGAUUUGACACAUCCAAAUACUGCAAGUUGGUUCAAGCAGAUUUUGCAAGAAAUGGUGGAUGAUGGAGUCAGAGGGUGGAUGGCUGAUUUUGGUGAAGGCCUGCCUAUGGAUGCCACGCUUUAUUCAGUUAUUGUAUUAGGUGAAGAUCCUAUUUCAGCUCAUAACAGAUACCCAGAACUUUGGGCCAAAAUUAACAGAGAAUUUGUGGAAGAAUGGAAAGGUAACUGUGUGGGAAAAGAAAAAGAAGACCCAGAAGAGGGUUUGGUCUUCUUUAUGAGGGCUGGUUUCAGAGAUAGUCCGAAAUGGGGGAUGCUAUUUUGGGAAGGAGACCAAAUGGUAAGUUGGCAAGCUAAUGAUGGGAUAAAGAGUGCUGUAAUUGGCCUAUUAAGCAGUGGACUCUCAGGAUAUGCAUUUAACCACAGUGAUAUUGGAGGAUACUGUGCAGUAAACUUACCUCUAAUUAAAUAUAGAAGAAGUGAAGAGCUGCUGUUGCGAUGGAUGGAGCUAAAUGCUUUCACAACUGUUUUCCGAACCCACGAGGGAAAUAAACCAUCCUGCAAUACCCAGUUCUACUCAAACCAACAAACAUUGUCACAUUUUGCGCGCUUUGCUAAAGUGUACAAAGCUUGGAAGUUCUACAGAAUCCAACUAGUAAAGGAAGCAGCUAAAAAAGGCCUGCCUGUUUGCCGUCAUCUAUUUCUCCAUUACCCAGAUGAUGAGAGGGUGCACAGCUUGAGUUACCAUCAGUUUUUAGUGGGUACAGAGAUCCUAGUGGUGCCCACGCUUGACAAAGGAAAGAAGAAAGUGAGAGCAUAUUUUCCAGUUGGAGAAAGUUGGUCUUGGCAACACAUUUGGACAGGAAAAAUAUUUACAAGGCAAGGUUCUGAUGCUUGGGUAGAAGCUCCUAUUGGCUAUCCUGCUGUCUUUGUUAAGGCUGGUUCCUUAGUAGGAGAAACUUUUUUGAAUAACCUCAGAAAUUAUGAAAUUCUUUGAGAAGGCCGUUCUCAUACACUUAUGAUUGUCCAUGCAAUGACUUAUAAUUUUUCAGAUA